UAUCAACACAUGAUGCCGCAUUUCAAUUAAAUGCAAGCCUUUGAUUUACUUUCCUUUUGUUUCCGCACAUUAUUUCAUGACGAAAAGACAGUCAGCUGUACAUGUUUUAACAUAAUAUGAUGAGGCUACUUUGUGAAAUUUAAGGACUUUCAGCCGGUAGCAAGAAUCCAGCAAAAGCAGGUAAAACGUGCACAUCUGGCAUCUGGAAAAUUAGUUGUGUUGAGAGCUUGUAUAGGCAGGUCAGGUAGUGCAAGCGGCUCAACUGAAGACUGAACACGAUGGUUGGUGUGAAAGCCUUUGUUGUGCUUUUGUUUGUAUUCCUGAUGACUUUGUCUGGUGCUUUGCUGUUUCUGAAAGGAUUUCUGUUGUCAAGAACUGCCGUUGAUGUAAAAAGUGAUUGUAAAGCGGAUUUCGCACUUGCUGCAGCUGAUCAUCCUCACCAUGGAAUAGAAGGCUGCUGGAUGCACGGCCGAUUCAGGAAAGCCGUUAUCGUCAUAAUUGAUGCUUUGAAGUAUGACUUUUUGGCUUACAACAAUACCCUGUCCACUGAAGCGAGUAUUCCUCCCUUUAUAAAUAAAUUAAAAAGUGUACGUCGUCUGAUGCAGAAGAAGCCUCUUAAUACAAGACUGUACAGAUUUAUGGCAGACCCGCCAACGACAACUCUGCAAAGAUUGAAAGGGUUGACGACAGGCAGUCUACCAACUUUUGUUGAUGCUGGUGCUAAUUUUCAAAGCUCUGAAAUUUCAGAGGAUAAUAUUAUUGACCAAAUGGUUUCUGCUGGCAAAAGGAUAAAAUUCCUUGGGGACGACACCUGGCUGAGUUUAUUCCCAAAGAAAUUUCACAAGGCCUUUGGCUUUCCAUCGUUUGAUGUAAAAGAUUUAGAUACCGUUGAUGAUGGAAUUUUAAAGCAUGUUUACUCUCAAAUACGACGCUCUGACUGGGAUGUCACCAUUGCUCAUUUUCUCGGAGUUGAUCACUGCGGACAUCGGUUUGGUCCAAACCACCCAGAAAUGGCGAAAAAGCUGUCUCAGAUGGAUGAUUUUCUGAGGAACGUUACACAGAUGAUUCAGGAUGAUACUGUGCUGUUUGUCAUGGGUGAUCACGGAAUGACUCGCACUGGGGACCAUGGCGGUGAUAGCAAAGAUGAGCUUGAAGCCGGACUCUUUAUUUACAGCCCUGCUCAGAUUGCCUCUUCCUCCCAAACAGAGUUUCAGCAGAACAUUGUGAGACAGACUGACUUCGUGCCCACUGUGUCGUUGUUGCUUGGCCUUCCUAUUCCUUUCUCCAACCUGGGCAUGAUCAUACCGGAGCUGUUCAGUCACUGCCCCUGGUGGGACACUCCGUCCAACGACAUCCGGCAAGCAUAUCAUCGCGUUAAGGUGCUCCGUCUGAAUGCUCAACAAAUCGACGUUUAUCUCCGGGCUUAUCAAGAGAUUUCUUCCGACAUACCCAGAGAUAAGCUGAGGGCUUUGCACCAAAAGAUCAAUGAAGCUGAGGGCAUCCUGCAGGGCCUGCUCACCCGCAUGGUGUCGCAGGGUACCUCUGGCGACGACCCCCAUAACUUGCGACAGCUGGAGAGCACGUACCGAUCGUACAUUGAGACAGCCAGGGAGAUGUGUGAGGCUGUUUGGGCCAAGUUUGACUGGAAAUUGAUAGCGGUGGGCCUGCUCACCAUUGCAGUUGGUGUUCUAAUAGGAAUAUUCUUUCUGAUUUCUGUAGCGAGUAAUGAAGAAGAUUUUGUGCCAACGUCUGGGAAGUUUCUUCUCGCCGGCUGCCUUGUUCAUCUGGUGUGUCUAGUCGUGCAUUUUACUCUGCUCCCAGAGUCUGUGCCGCCACUUAUGGCUUUUGUAUCAUCCAUCUUCCUUAUCUUUGUGACUUUAAUUUUCAUUAAGAAUUACAUUGUGGGUAUGAUCUCGAAGUUCUUCACUUUAGAAAAUUUUGUUGCUUCCCUUCUCCUUGUUAUGUACUGUGCGGUGUAUUUUUCCAACAGUUUUGUGGUAGGAGAAGAUUCUGUGUCAGUGUUCAUGGCACAGACCCUUGUGUCCUGUCUGGGUUUGGCCAUCAUCUGGAGGAACAACUCUCAACUCAACGAAAGUGGAAAGACAGAUUUUUCUAGAAGCGGCAAGAAAGGUAAACCAAGCUUUGAUCUGCUACAUACCCUUACCCAACCUUCAUCUGUGACCGCCUGUGUGGCAGUACUAGCGUGUUGUCUUCUCCGCGUUUCUUCCUCGUUCUGGGCCUGCAGAGAAGAACAAACUGGCUGCGAAGAUUCCAUCUUUGUGCAUCCUUUAUCAGCCGUAUCGGAAGGCACUCGAAACCAAAGAUAUUUGCUCAGCGUUGCUUGUCUCGCUGGGACGGUGUAUCUAGUGAGACACUGGCUGCAAUAUUACGGGAACCUCAACAGUGCUUCAGCCAGCGUUCUGGCCCUGAGAUACGGCCCGCCGUUGGCUGCCUUGUUCUCGGCUCUCCACUGGGCACUGCAGGCCGUUCCCCAGGCAGCCUUGGAGGGUUUCGCCAAGUGGCAGCAAGUGCUGAUGGCUCAGGCGGUCUACGUGCUGCUCAUCGUGAUGGUCGUGACUCUGGUUGUCUCCCCUCUUCUCGUCUUCAAACUGCCAACGAGAAGUGACUCGCCGAUCAACUUGCCAGCGGCAUCCAGCGGGCGGCAGGUGAUCCCAACCUUGUACAACCAGCUGAAAGUGAGGCUCCAUGACAGAGCCAAUCGCCGGCUGGCCGAGGGGGGGGAGGAGGAGAAACCCCCUAUGGUGUACGGCCUGGGCUCUGCCUACUCGGCCAGUGUGGUGUCCCUUCUGCUGGCCGUCAGCCUUCUCCUGGCGCUCCUACUCAACGACGGAAUGGCGCCCAGCUUGCUGCUGGCGGCUUUGACCUUGUACCUGACCUUGGAGCUGUACUCGGCGGCAGUUGUGAGCUCCUGCCCAUCCUCCGGGACCCCAGAAGAAGUUUCUGACACUAUGGUGUGGUGUGGCGCGGUUCUCCUGAGCCUCCUGUCCUCCACGUUUUUCUACAGCACGGGUCACCAGGCGACCAUACCCAGCAUUAGGUUUGAGGCGGCCUACACUGGCUUCUACGGACACUUUCAAAACUUGCUUCUUCCAGGUUUUUUGAUCUGGAUGAACACGUUCGCGGGGCCGGUCCUCUUCAGCCUAGCUGCCCCUCUGCUUCUGUUCUGGCCUGCGUUGUCCAGUGCGGUGACCAGAGCCAUGCUGGUGACGGGGCCAGAUCAUCAGCGCCGGGCUGACCAGUCGUGGGAGGGAGAUUUCACUUUGUUCAACAACGCCGUGAGGCUCCGGAGAAACUUGUUCAGGAUUUGCUGCGGGGUGAUUGUGACCUCGUCGCUGAAGCUUUUAGCAGCAGCUGGUGCUGCCACCGUCCACCGCAGACACCUCAUGGUGUGGAAGAUCUUUGCGCCGCGCCUCGUCUACGAGGGGGCCAUGUUUUUGACCAGCUCUGUGUGCGUCAUAUUAGCGUUUCUGUUUGUCAUGAGAGUGGACCGGACGAUGACCAAGUUCGUAGCAAGCCUGCCGCCAGCUCAACGGAAUUAAAGUCUUGCUCAUCUUUGGUUUUGUAACUCUUUUAUCCUCGGAGGAGGUUUUCCCACAAUGCAGGAGCCUUCUUUAGUAUAAAAACUGAGAGUGAUAUACACAUCACUAAAUCAAAACAAAUGAACCUAUUUUAAAAGUUUUUCAUCCAACGAAGAGUUCCAGGUAAGAGCAAGAGAGUCUUAUUUUUGCAAUUUCUGAAAAUUCAUGUAUGUGGUCGUCGUUGUCGUAACAGAAUUAGCCGGAGCCGCUGAGAGCGGAUCAACGGCACAGCAGUUCUGACCUACCUGAAGCUGCUGGGAAAGGCUGGCAGGAGAUGAGGAAUUUAAAAAGACUUUUCCUCAGCUAGCUGUUCAGAUGUUCUAAGCCCAGUAAACGAAUGUGAGGCAGUGUGGUGAAAUUAGGCGCUCGUCAAAAUAAUGAAAUUGAAGAAACUGGCAUUUUUCUG